GGAAAAAGAAAUCAGAAAUAUUAUAUUACUUCUUCCACGUGGAGCUUUGGUCUCCACGCAGAGGAGACCAUUGCCUCUUCCUCCGGGUUGCUGCGGAGGAUCGAAGAGCCCCGCUUUUAUUGUGAUGGCUCCAGGGGACCCUGAUGUACCAGAGUCGAUCUUGUCUUCACAUUUUGAUCGAGAACAGUAACAACUCUCCCUGAGAGUGCACAUAUAGAAUAGCAUAGCUCUGGAGUUGGAUAAAGCUGAAGCUGGAUCGAGGAACCUUCUCGAGUGGAGCCGUCUUUCAACCAAGAUGACCCAUCCAGGAGAACCGAGCAACAAUUGGACCAAGAAUGGCUUUGGAGAAGCCGUUCCUCCUGCCAAAGGAAAAGGAAAGUUCAGCUCUGAAGAAUCUGAACAAGUUCGAAGAGCGGUCAAAGAAUUUUGCGACGCCAAAAACAUAUCCUCGGACCGACUGUGCAGCGAGUGCGAGCACAAGGCGGAACUCAAGGGAGCCUGGAUGGAAAUUGCCAAGCAACUACCGCAUCGAUCGGUUCAGAGCGUCUAUCGUCAUGGCCUCCGAAUUCUACAUCCAUUCAAACGAGGCGCAUGGACGGACAAGGAAAUCGCCAGACUGUUUGAACUGGUGACUCUGCACGGGAAAAAAUGGGUCAAGAUCCAAAAUGAACUACACCGUUCGUCCGAUGCCUGUCGCGACAAGUAUCGGGAAAUGAGUGAAGACUAUCAAAAGGGACGAUGGAAAGAGCUGGAAACAGAGCAGCUCAAGACACUCAUACGAGAACACAUCAAGGCGGAUCCAAACACCACCAUGGUAGAGAUUGGAAAAAUGGUCGAAGCGGAGGGCAUCAAAAUGCCUUGGGUGGCCAUUAGCAAGGCUAUGGGGAACCGGAGUCGCCUCAGUUGCUUCAAAAAGUUUCAAAAGAUGACGGGACUCUUUUCUCCCAGUGAUGAGGGCAAGAAAUGCAUUCAAUUUGAGGGAUUUACAGGAGCGGAUGGAAAGCGAAAACCAGCAAAGAACAGGGCUGGUCGACCUACAGCUCCUGCUACAAAUACUGUCCAAUCUGCAGCAACAGAAAGCACAACAUCAAAUUCUACUACCGUGAGACCCACAGAAGCUCCUCAUACUGGUUCUGCUCCUGCCACUACUCAACAACAACAACCCGUGGCGGAGCAGGCUGUCUCCAUCAUGCCUGGAACAGACAUGACAAUGCUGCCUCCGGAUGGGAUCUUCCAAGAGGAUGUGGCUGGUGAUGAAGACAUGUUUCUUUUGUCAGAGCUGGCAUCGAGUGGCGCCACGCGAACAUCCGACGUAUCCUGGGAAAGCAUUCGGGUGGAAGGAGCUCAGGAACGAUGGAAUGGCAUGAUUGUGGAAUGGCAACAACAGGAAGGAGAAGAGGCUACAGAAGACGCUCUCACGGAAUUGGCAUUCUACGAAUUGGCACAGCUCUUGCUCGACCGAAAGGCAUCCAAAAUGGCAGCGGAAACCGUGGAAGCAGUGGAUUUGCCUCUUGUAUGAGGCUAUGUACCAACGAGAGGCACGAUGAUUACACAACUUAGUCGGCACUACAACCUACGGCAGGUGCCGAUACGCUAUAUAUACGCAAGACAUCUUCUCUAUUGCUGAGAUGACGACACUCGCUCAGAAAUGCAUCAGCUAGCAACUAUCAAUUAUCAAUAGGCUUGAACAGAAAACUAUCAUAGUGCCAGGUAGCAUACUGUAGGCAGUCACAUUUUACAGCUUGCCAAGUAAGAGGAAUGAUGCCCUUCAUGAUUUAUUUUGUUUUGCGAAAGACCUCACGGGCCGAAAUUGGCCCGUAAACCUGCUUCUGCACAGACACCAUUCACCCGCACCGGUAGUUAGUAGUUCAAGUCGCAACAAUCCAUACAAAUUCACUGAGUAUAUUGUUGAGCAAACAAUCCAAUUUGAACUCAAGCCAUUACUGGUAUUGGAUUGUGGAUUGCCAAUAAGAAAAUACAUGUAUCAGCAAACUGGAUGGACGGCCCAGUUGGGGAACCAUCAAUCCAUCUUGAGUUCUCUCUGAAGAAAAAAUUGCUCAUUUUUUCUUGGAUGUUUUUCGUCGUUUAGCCUCGGGUUUCUGGGUUGGUUCAGCUGUUGGUUUCUGCGUUGCUUCCACAGUCUUUUCUUCUUCAACCGCCUUUCGCUUGGGUGCUUCCUUCUUUUCCUUAGUUUCGUCAAGUUUCUUCUGCAACGUGACCAUCAGCUGUCGCAUAUUGUUCAGCUCUUUCCUCAAAGGAUCAUCAGCGGUUCUUCCUUUGUUCAGCCCUCUCAAUCUAGCGCCCAUGUAGCGCAAGGUCCCCAUGGCCAAGGCAACGGCCAUGGAUGCUUGAGCCCUCUUUUCUUUCUCAUCCUCCGUCAGCGGUCUUGAAACAGACUCUCCUGCAUUUUCUGACGAUUCUCCUACAAGAUCACGGAGAAAAGGAAGCAACUGUUUCUUGAUCUCUUUCAGAGACUCUCGUGUCUUUUCCAAGGCGUCCAGGGAUUUGGAGGUGGCCAUGGUCGCAGUAGGUGUCGCAGUGUCGAAGUGAGUGAUGAGAAAAUGGAUGAAGGUCGCGACUAAAGUGGAGCUCAGAACCCAUUAAAACGCUGCAAAGCUGUAAAAAGAUGCUUUUGAUGUCUUUUAAAAAAGCGUGUCUUGGUGAUUAGUCGUGUUGAG